AUGUUUGAAAAUGUUCGACCUCAUGCGAUAAAAAAAGCUGCGGAGAUAUUACAAAACUCAGAAGUAUACAAAUAUUGUGAAAUACAAUUGGAUUUUAAAAGAAACAAAAGUGAUUUACUGAAUCUAAGUAAUCAUGAAUAUAGCUGUAAUACAGAUAAAAACAAUGAAAAUUCAGAUGUUAAUAAUUUUGAUCUUAAUGAUAAUGAAGAUAAUGAUUCAUCUGACGAAAAUUCUGAAGACGAAGAACCCGUAAAUGUAGAAGAUGAAUCAACACUUUUAAUGACACAAGCCAUUGUCUUUGCUCCUGGUGAAGGCCAAAUGCCUGUUUCAUUAUUUGAUCUAUACGCUGAAGCUUUAAGUUUUAUUAAAAUUUAUGGCGGUAAAUUAAUGAAAAAACCAGAACAUUUAACUGAUGAAGAAAGUGAUGAUGAUUUUAUUGAUAAUAGUCCAUCUAUGAAGCUAACUGAUAACUCAGGCUUUGUUCGAAGAAGAAAAAAAUCUAAAAUUAUUAGAUUCAUCAACUAUAAUAAAGAUGCAGAUAAAGAAAAUUUUAUUAGAGAAAAUGUAAUGUUAUUCGUACCAUGGCGCAAUGAAAACAUUUUGAUUAUGUCAGCUUCUGAAUUAUUUUCUGCAAAUUACAAUUUAAUUAAAGAACGAAGAUCAGAAUAUGUGUACAAUGAAAAUAUAGAAAGUAUAUUAAAAGAAGCAACACACAAAGCAAAUGAAUCAGAUAAUGAAAAUGAUAUUUCUACAUUUACACCAAAAAAUUUAGAAGUUGUCAAUGAUCCUUCUCAAACAGGUGAUAUUGCGAUAGAUAUGAAGAUCAAUAUAGAUGAAAAUAGUACAAGUACUUGUAAUAAUAAAGAUUUAUGUUAUGUAUCAAUACCUCGGCUAAUAUCUGAAGAAAAUUAUAUUAAUUUACAGCAGAAACAUGGAUAA